AUGGGCUUGGCCACGCAGCAGGUCAACGUGGCGGGCUUCGAUUUCUGUAUCGCGGUUGGCGAUUUGACUAAUGAUCGGUUAGUUUUUUGCGCAGGGUUGUCAAUGGCACUGCUCACAUCACGCAAACUUAACAGGUUCGACUACGAGAUCCAGGCUUUCCAGGACACCUACCCUGAAUUCAAGUUGCCUGUCCACCUUCUCCCCGGCAACCAUGAUAUCAACGACGUUGCAUCACUUGAACAAUUCAGCCAGGACUAUAAUGUCAGCGACCACCACGCCUUCACCCACCUGGGAUACCGUUUCAUUCUCUUAGACUCCGUCACCUUGAUAACCAAUCUCCCUGAAUUUGAGAACUAUACCACUGCAGAGUGGAACUGGUUUGAAAAUCAGCUUAAAGCGGCCGCUCACGCACACGAACAAAUAAUCAUCGCCCAUCAUCACCUCCCUUUCGAAGUCACGGAGGAUGAGCCUGACUCUUACUGGAAUUUCCCGACCCGCGUCCGUGGCAAGUACCUCGAUCUCAUCAGGCAGUACAACGUUCACCAUAUCCUUGUCGGACAUCGCCAUGAGACCUUCAAUAUCCAACCUGCUGAUAAAGCGUUCACUAUCUAUGUUGUUGCUGGUACCGCUAGAUUCUUUGAUAACAAUGGGUUUGGAAUCAACUAUUUCAGUAUUACUGGAGAGGAUUCGGCCACGGAUGUGUCGCAGGAGUACGUCCAUUUGGAAGGCGUUACUCACAUGAAGAGGUCGGAGGGUCUACCCAACGGCUGCCCGGAUAUUUUCGCACACUGA